GAGACGCAGUGAUUCCAGUCGCUGAAGGGUUAAACGUGUUAUCGCUUUCGUCCUGUUCAGUAGGAAGUGGGAGGUAGGGAAUGGAAACGAUUGAAAUACGAUCUCGAGGGAUAGAAACACAUUUUCCCGAAUUAGGCUAAACAGGCGAACACACCAGGUAGCUUUUUGCAGAUUCAAAUCUAGGAACUGGUCAGCUCUCAAACGACUUCAACGGAAUUCAGACGUGCCAACAUUCUGUGGGAUUAUAAUCGAACAUGCUACUCCACAACCAUUGGAAAUGAAUAUGCAUGCCUAGAACGGAUAGGCUAUAUAGGCGUCAUCAGGCAUGACAUAUAUAUGGUUUCGUUUUUAUCAAAAGGGAGCUUUACAGACCAGUCGUGCUCAAUUAAUUGGCUUUCCCCGAAAGGCGCUGAAAUGCAUGCACGUGUAUCUUUUGCUUUUAGACGUGAUAGGCUACGGUGUGAUGCAGUCACACACACCCAUGGCUUAAUGCCUUAAUACCACAUCUUACCUUCUGAAAGGAUGUAAAACAUAAAUAAAUAAAUACGCGACGGCAGCAAGGGGAGCUACUUGGUUCACCGUCUUUGAGAGAUCAAUGGAGCAUUAUCAAUUCACAAUCCUGAAGACACAAAUGAUUCGAAAUGUUAGAUGCACAGAAACAGCAGUGAACAAUAGCGGGUAGCACUCGUAGUUCUAAUAUAUAUAUAUAUAUGUGUAUUUAUGUAUGAUUACUGCGCGUGUUUCUUAUUAACCCAUAUUACUGUCGGAGCUUGGACUCGCACAAUCGCAGCCGAGGCAUUACGAAAUGGAUGGAACGACCGAACAGGAAAGUACACGGGCGAAAGGAGAAUAAUGCUAAGCUAUCAACAGAAACAGAAGAAGCGGAGAUGGAGAUGGUAUUGUCAACAGAACCGUCUUUUUUUUCUUUCAGUCCUCGUGACAUCGCAAUCAAAAACAAAUCGUAGCCUAUUAUGGCUGUAUUAUUGAAUUAGUAAAUGCAUUGCAAGUCAUUGGCAUAUAACAACAAUUGAGGAAAAUUCAACCGAAAAGAGGAAGGACUUGGGCUACCGGUACACAUUUCCAUUCAUUGUUUCAUCAUCAUUAUUAUUAUUAUUAUUAUUAUUAUUAUUAUUCGGGGAUCGUCGUUUAGAAACCCUAAGUCAUUCGGUUGCAUUCGGGACACUCCCGCAGACUUGCUUUCUCAGCAGUUCACAGUAUGCCAGUGUUUGUGCGGUGGGGUUCUUUUUUUGGCUUGAGUUGAGAAUCGGGGCUGUGGCACUUGACUGAAGUCGGGCGGCCGGCGCAUGCCGCAGAGCGGCGCGUGGACGUCUUCAGAGCCUUUUUGGUGAAGAACGCGGGAGUCUCGUGAGGGGUGAGCCCCAAUCGCGCUAGAGCUCGAGCAAUGGAUGACUCGGGAAUUAUUCGGCGCCGGAGGCUGCAGAAGGAUCUUCCACUACCCCGGAAAAGCAGCAGCUGCCGCACCAGUAACAGGAAGAGCCUGAUCUUGACAAGCACCUCCCCCACCCUGCCACGCCCACAUUCACCACUUCCGGGUCACAUCGGGAGCAGCCCUCUGGACAGCCCCCGAAAUUUCUCCCCCAGCACCCCAGCGCACUUCUCUUUUGCCUCGUCCAGAAGCAGCCACGGGCACAGAGCAGACAGGGCAGACGGGAGGAGAUGGUCUCUGGCCUCGCUGCCCUCCUCUGGCUAUGGGACCAACACGCCCAGCUCAACGUCCUCCAGCUCCUCCCAGGAGCGACUGCACCAGCUGCCCUUCCAGCCGACCCUGGAUGAGCUGCACUUCCUGUCCAAGCACUUUGGCAGCACGGAGAGCAUCACUGACGAUGACGGGGGCCGGCGUUCCCCCCACGUCCGGCCCCGAUCCCGCAGCCUGAGCCCGGGGCGCUCGCCUUCGUGCUAUGACAACGAAAUUGUCAUGAUGAACCAUGUCUACAAGGAACGCUUCCCUAAGGCCACCGCCCAGAUGGAGGAGCGCCUGGCCGACUUCAUCCAGCGCUACUCGCCCGAGAGCGUCCUCCCGCUGGCCGACGGCGUCCUCAGCUUCAUCCACCACCAGAUCGCCGAGCUGUCCCGCGACUGCCUGGCCAAGGCGCGGGACGAGCUCAUCACCACCGUCUACUUCUUCGAGCUGCAGGAGAACCUGGAGAAACUCCUCAACGACGCUUAUGAGCGUAGUGAGAGCUCAGAAGUGGCCUUCGUGACCGAGCUUGUGAAGAAGCUCCUGAUCAUCAUCUCCCGCCCGGCCAGGCUUCUGGAGUGUCUGGAGUUCAACCCGGAAGAGUUUUACCACCUGCUGGAGGCGGCGGAGGACCACGCCAAGGAGGGACACCUGAUGAAGACGGACAUCCCGCGUUACAUCAUCAGCCAGCUGGGGCUGACCCGGGACCCCCUGGAAGAAAUGGUGAACCUGGACAGCUAUGACAGCGAAGGACCCCACACCCCUGAGACUGACGACUCUGCGGAGGGCAAGACGAGAGCCAAAAAGCCUCCCAGUGAAACAGACUUUCAGACCAUCAAGCUGAUCAGUAAUGGAGCGUAUGGUGCCGUGUACCUGGUGCGGCACAGGGAGACCCGGCAGCGCUUCGCCAUGAAGAAGAUCAACAAGCAGAACCUGAUCCUGAGGAACCAGAUCCAGCAGGCCUUCGUGGAGCGCGACAUCCUCACCUUCGCCGAGAACCCCUUCGUGGUCAGCAUGUUCUGCUCCUUCGAGACGCGCCGCCACCUCUGCAUGGUCAUGGAGUACGUGGAGGGGGGAGACUGUGCCACUCUUCUGAAGAACAUCGGGGCUCUGCCAGUGGAGAUGGCACGCAUGUAUUUUGCGGAGACCGUGCUGGCGCUGGAGUACCUGCACAACUACGGCAUUGUGCACCGGGACCUCAAGCCUGACAAUCUGCUGAUCACCUCCAUGGGGCACAUUAAGCUGACGGACUUCGGCCUGUCCAAGAUGGGUCUGAUGAGCCUGACCACCAACCUGUACGAGGGACACAUAGAGAAGGACGCCCGCGAGUUCCUGGACAAGCAGGUGUGCGGCACGCCGGAGUACAUCGCCCCGGAGGUGAUCCUGCGGCAGGGCUACGGGAAGCCGGUGGACUGGUGGGCCAUGGGCAUCAUCCUGUACGAGUUCCUGGUGGGCUGCGUGCCCUUCUUCGGGGACACGCCAGAGGAGCUCUUCGGCCAGGUCAUCACAGACGACAUCGCUUGGCCGCACGGUGACGAUGCACUUCCUGCAGACGCGCAGGGCCUGAUCUCCGCCCUGCUGCAGACCAAUCCGCUGAUGCGCCUGGGCACAGGUGGAGCCUUUGAAGUGAAGCAGCACUCGUUCUUCACUGAGCUGGACUGGAACAGCCUCCUGAGGCAGAAAGCAGAGUUCAUUCCCCAUCUGGAGUCGGAGGAGGACACCAGCUACUUUGACACGCGGUCGGAGCGCUACCACCACAUAAACUCGUACGACGAGGACGACACCAACGACGACGAGCCCGUGGAGAUCCGGCAGUUCUCCUCCUGCUCCCCUCGCUUCAGCAAGGUGUACAGCAGCAUGGAGCACCUGUCCCAGCUGGAACAGAAGCCCCCCUCGGUCACCAGGAGGGGAAACAAGACCCACAGGGAGGACAAGGUGACCAAGAGGGAGAGCCUCGGCAGCCUCACCAUGCGGGACAAGAGCUGGAGGACGGGGUCCCCCGAAAUGAAGCGCCUGUCUUGCUCCGAGUCCUUGUACAUGGAGGGGGACUCCAGCCCCCCCUUGGGGGCCCGCCGGAGGUUCUCCGCCCUGAUGGACACGCACCGCUUCGCAUCCCCACUGGAGGGCGACCAAGAGUUCGCUCCCCGCCAGCCCCCGAUGAAGGCCAGAGGGGCCUCCUUCGAGGGGGCGUCAAUGCCAACGUCUGCCCCAGUGGAACAGAAAACUCCCCCAAAGGAGGGCAACGGGGCAACUGCAGGAGACAAGCCUCUUCGGCCGGGUGAGGCAGCAGGGGCAGUGAACGUGGGCCCUCCUGCUGCUGCUGCUGCUGCUGCUGCUCUGGGGAUAACCAGGGACACGGUGACCCCUGACCCCCUGGGGCUGCGGGCCACCAACGACCUGGUCCUGCGCCGGGCGCGGCACCAGCAGCUGUCCGGCGAGAGCGAGAAGCGCAGCCCGCGCGCUGGCACCAAGGUCAUCAAGUCGGCCUCCGCCACGGCGCUGUCCGUCAUCAUCCCUGCAGUGGAGCAGCACGGGAGCUCUCCGUUGGCCAGUCCCAUGUCGCCCCGCUCUCUCUCCUCCAAUCCGUCGUCGCGGGACUCGUCCCCCAGCCGGGACUACUGCCCGGCGGUGAGCGUCCUGCGCUCCCCCAUCACCAUCCACCGCUCCGGCAAGAAGUACGGCUUCACCCUGCGCGCCAUCCGCGUGUACAUGGGCGACAGCGACGUCUACAGCGUGCACCACAUCGUCUGGCACGUGGAGGACGGAGGUCCCGCCCAGGAGGCGGGGCUGUGUGCCGGUGACCUCAUCACCCAUGUGAACGGCGAGGCUGUUCAUGGAUUGGUCCACACAGAGGUGGUGGAGCUCAUUCUGAAGAGUGGCAACAAGGUGACAGUGACCACCACGCCCUUUGAGAACACCUCUAUCAAAAUCGGUCCGGCGCGCAAGUCCAGCUACAAGUCGAAGAUGGCCCGGCGUAACAAGAGGACAAUUGCAAAGGAGGGCCAGGAGAGCAGUAAGAAGCGCAGCUCUCUAUUCCGGAAAAUCACCAAGCAGUCCAACCUGCUGCACACCAGCCGCAGCCUCUCCUCCCUCAACCGCUCUCUCUCCUCCAGUGAGAGCCUGCCCGGGUCGCCCACCCACAGCCUGUCGGCCCGCUCCCCCACCCAGAGCUACCGCUCCACCCCGGACUCCUCCUACCUCGGCGCUUCGUCUCAGAGCAGCUCCCCGGCGUCCAGCACGCCCAACUCCCCGGCGGCGUCGCAGCACAUGCGGCCCAGCUCCCUGCACGGCCUGUCGCCCAAGCUGCACCGGCAGUACCGCUCGGCGCGCUGCAAGUCCGCCGGCAACAUCCCGCUGUCGCCGCUGGCGCACACGCCCUCGCCCACGCAGUCCUCGCCGCCGCCGCUGCCCGGCCACACGGUGGGCAGCUCCAACACCACGCAGACCUUCCCCGCCAAGCUGCACUCCUCGCCGCCGGUGGUGCGGCCGCGGCCCAAGAGCGCCGAGCCGCCGCGCUCGCCGCUGCUCAAGCGCGUGCAGUCGGCCGAGAAGCUGGGCUCGCCGCUGUCCGCCCAGGACAAGAAGGGGGCGGGCGGCGCCGGGGGCGUGGCCAUGCGCAAGCACAGCCUGGAGGUGUCGCACUCCGAGUACCGCAAGGACUCCUUCCACAGCGAGCUGGGCCUGCAGAGCCUGCUGGAGACGGAGGGGGAGAACCUGCCCCCCCACACCCCCUCCUGCCCCUCCCCCACCUCCUGCGAAACGGGCGUGCUGAAGCCGGCCCGGAAGCUGGGGCGGCAGGAGUCGCCCCUCAGCCGGGACGCCCUGCUGGCCGGGAGGGAUCGCUUCGACCACGCUGCGGAGGGCGGCUUCGGCGACAGGGUGGGGGGGGCAGGCCCGGCGCUGUCACUCACCAAGGAGGGCACCGCCCUCGGCCAGCCAGUGGCUACCAAAUCCCCGCUGGCAGAGCCGCCCAGGGCCAAAGAAGAGACCCCCCUGUCCGGUCCGGCCCCGCCCACCCAAUUUACGGCCCACAGACCCGCCCCUGUGGUCCGGUCUCCAGAUCUCAAAGACCUCGCCGUCCCCUCUGUGGAGAAAACCAGCGCCGGCUGCGGCCCCAGGACCCCGGAGAAGAGCCCCGCGCACGGGGAGGGGCCCGGCCCGGCGGAGAGGGACAGGAAGCCGCUGGGGGCCCAGGCAGAGAGCGGCUCCAGGGGCCCGGAGAGGGAAGGGCAGAAAGAGCCGCAGCAGGAAGCCGAGAGGAGGGCGGGGCCUGCCAGAGCCGGCCCGCAGUGGGAGGCGGCUGGGAGGCGGGGCUUGGGCCCGGACCGGCCCGCGGGUCCCACGGUGACGCCUGCGGAAGCUCCCAGGACCGGCAGGGGACCGGACCUGGGGGGCGACAUUAGGAAAGGAGCGCUGGCCUGCAGUUACAGGACUCCAGAGGCCAGGGCCAAAAGCUCCACAGCGCCGGUCCCCCUCCCCGGGCUGGCAGCGGGCAAGUCCAGGCAGGACAAGGGCCUGGCGCCGGUGAACUGCUACCGAGGAGCGCUGGACUGGGAGGAGAAGUGCCUCCUGGAGGUGGUGGAGGAGCACUCGCCCUCCCCGACCCCCUCCCCCACCGCGGCGUCCCCCGGCCCUGCCAAGUCGCAGCCCGUCUCCCCGGGCGACAAGUCCAGCUUUGUCACGCAGCUCACCAGCGUGGCCAAGACUGUGCUGGGGCCCAUCAAGGGGGGCUCCCAGGAGGGGCUCAAGGGGAAGGACGGCCCCAAGGCAGCGGACGAGAGGAUGGGCAGCUCGGCGGGAAAGUCGGAGCCCCCCCCGCCUGGGAAUCGCCAGACCCCCCCACCCCCCUCCGCUGGGCCGGCCGUCUGCACUCCACCUGAGAAGACCGAGGCGACUCACAAGCACCACUCCUGAUUGCGUCAGAAGGUGGGGAGGGGAGGGGAGGGGAGGAGGGGGGCUGUGAGCUGGGGAUGACUUGCAUUUUUGUGAGUUUGAGAACGUUGCACAAUUCCAGGCACUUAAAGGAACAUUCCAGCCAUGAGAGAAAAGACAUGACACGCGUCGGAGAAAAACAUACUCGGAGAAAGUGUAUAGAUUAAAAUAGACGAGUAAAACAAUUGUAAAGGUGCUUCAACAGCUGUUUUCAAUUGUGUACAUACAAGGUGUUUCCUCCACCGUAUAUUAUAUAAACAUAUAAAUAUAAAGCAGAUAUCUGUGUGAACGCAUGUUGAAUAUUGUCUGUACAUAUCAAUAUUCUAAAAAUGAGGAAAAAAGUGCUUUACUGAACUACAAAUGCUGAAUACUGUGAACACCAAAUCCGGUCACUCCAGUUAACAUCCUGUGAACACCUGUGUUUCUGUCUCGUUAUUAAGGAAGUAGCAGAGAGGUGGAAGUGGCAUAUCUGUGGUUGCAGAAAUUAUGUUAUUCUGCAGGAAAAAAAAUCCAUUGUUAAGCAUCCUGUACUUUGUGGAAAACAAAAAACGGAUUAGAAAUAUGUGUCUCACUUGUGUUGAUGGUCCCAUUUUACAUUUGUGGAGUUAAACUGGAAGGCAGCGACUGUCUUUAAAUUACCUCCUCGGCCUCUGUUCCAUGAAAAAGCCUGCGCGAAUGGUUUUUUUUUUUUGUUUUUGUGCCUAGCAGAGGUGAGCUCUUUGGUGACCCAGAUCUUGGAGGAUUGCCGUGAAGUGGAUUUGACAGGCUUCGUUAUGAAUUAGGCUACGCCUGCUAGCUCCGCGUAGCGUUCUCCGCUCCCCGGCGCGUGGGAGAGUCUGCACAUUAGCGAAGCGGCGGCGGGGUCUUGCGGGAAACGUCGCGCACGGACGUCGGCCCUUUUUUUGCAGUUGGCCUGUCCCUCUGCCCCGUGCCUCGGCGACCGUGAAAAGGCGGAAUCCGGCACCGCGGAUCCGGCAGCGGAGGGACACGCGGCGCGGUCACGUGCAUGCGAAUCGGCUCUCGUGUACUCAGGGACGGCAGAUACCUUCCCGGGUCCUGGGCAGUGCUUCUCCGCCAUAUCGUCUGGCAGACCUUUAGCUCAGUCGACUUCGUGACUCCCGAGUUUUCCCGAGUGGUCUUCGUUGUACCGCUUCACAUACAAUUGAGGAGUUUAACUUGAAAGGAAAGAUUUCUCUGCUCUGUAGCGCCUUUUGAAUACGAUACGCGAAGGCUGAAGAUGCGACCUUGUUUGAAGGAGACGAGCUCACGAGAACGUGCGCUGUGUGGAUACAGCGGCAAGAAGCCCUCUUUUGUUCUGUUGACUCAUUCAGACUUCUGGCCAAGGGCAAAUCGCAUCUGUAGGCUUGUGCUUAAAUUCUGAGUGAGAUUGUUAAUAAACACAUUUAAGGGCUGGAUCUUGAAGUAAAGGCAAAUUCUGACUGUUGUUCAUGUCGAUCUGUCUGGUGUGGCAGAAAGGCGCCAUGCACUGCUGUUACUCUGUUUAGAAAGAGAGCCUACUUCCUCACCAUUAGCGGCUCUCUUGCAAUGCAUUUCCAUUUUCCGCACUUACAGUUUUACACAAGACUGGACGAGGAUCCAAAAGGCAUCUGAUAAAGACAGAGAGAUGUGUUGUGUUGCUGUGAAUCAUCUGUGGCAACCCACACAAUUUAAUGGUUUCAGAGUAAUUUUGAAUUGAUAACAGUAGUUCAGUUUCCAGUAGAGUCAUUUAUAUGAGUGUAUGUGUCUUAUAUUCAUAAAACAUUAGCCACAAAAGUGUCUUUGUUUCCCAGAUCCCCAUCAUAACAGAUCUGUUAAAAAAAAAAAAGACUGGCUAAGAACUGUUUCAAUGAAAUCAAUGUCAGAUUCCAAAAAAAAAAAAAGAUUUUCAAAAAUGUUCUGGAUCACUGUGCAAGACCUCCAUCCUGAUCAAAUGUGUGGUCUUUCUCACAAGUGUAGACAUGCACACAUGCACACUUUGUAUGCAAAUACUCAGCAGUGUCAAAUACAAUGUCUGAAAGGUAGAAGUGUCAGUGUUGUAAUUGUGUCAUACAGUUUUGUUUACAAUGUAGGAAGGAGAAACGAGAGCAGGCUAAUAUAUGACUUCUGAGAGGUCAUUGACAGCAUCUCAGUUUUGUGUUGGGGAAUUUAUUUCUUGCAUUUUCUAGACCAUAGCUCCCUCUAGUGGUAAUUAUACUCUCUGCAAAACAUACCCUCUGAAAUGUUACAACCAACAACCAACAUUCUAUGAACAAGUUGACAACAUGAUUAAUCAAAGUAGACCAGCAGUGCUUUAUUUUUUAUUUUUUAGUGACACAGUUAUCUCACCAUUGCCAAGGAGCACCUUAACGUAGCAUCACAGACAUUUAACAAGACUAAUGUAUUGCCUGUGUGUUCAUUUGCUUCUGUACUUAUUUAUCUGUUUGACAGCUCUUUUUUCUCAUGUGGUGUAUGUGUGUGUGUGUAUGUGUGUGUUGCAUAAGUUGGAAAGAUUAAACACAUUGCAUUUAUUUUACACCAUUAAAGUGUAUUUACUGUGAUGUUGACGCAAUUUCUGAACAGCCUAUCAUUUCAAAAUGACAGCCGGAAUAAUAAUUUGAUUUACUUUGUUUUUUCUUCUAAAAUAGUGAAAAGAUAUGGCAGAAAAACAUGAUCCAAGGCAUAACCAAGAAAACAGCCUCUUCAUAAAAGAUUUUUAAUGUAUUUUAAUUGAUAUUAGAGAAUCUUUUUUUCAGAACGUUAAUUAAGACAACUCCAUCUGCAAAAUUGUUCGUUGCUGAAUUUGAAGACCAUUUGAAUGUGCAAUGUCCACUCAUUAGACCUAUCUGAAAGGACGGUGGUGCGACUGGUUGAUUCAAUUGCUGUUCGUGUGGCACAAGAUAACGGGAAUUCAACAUUUUUGGUCACAACAUUGUUUUAUUGCUUGUCAGAUAUUAGUACCCUGUAUCAUAUUCUUACACAUGCACACGUAAAUUAAUUAAAAUAUGGGUGUUACAGAGUAGUACAGUCAGUAAACUGUGUUGUGAGAAGAAAAAAAAGUGCUCACUUUUGAAGAAAAUAUGGUGCCCACUUUUCAGUGUGUUCAUAUUUUGCAAGCAGGUUUUCCUAGUCUAUGCUUGAAUAACGUUAUGUGGUAGUCAGGUGUAUGUGGUGAUGGCGGAGUGUACUCAUUGUCAUAGUUUAAUUUUUAGAAAUCAUCAAUUUUAAAAUGCACUUUAUUUUAAGUCAUAUUUUAUUUAUAUGUAUGAGGUUUGUUUGUAUAUGUAUGUAUUAUCUGGGCGAAAACAAUAUAUAUAUAAUUAUAUACAUAUUUAUUAUUGCAAUCAUUGAGAACGACUAACAAGUCUAUCAAUUUGUGCAGUCCCACUUACUUCAGUAUUGCACUGUGGGUUGCAGUACUAAUUGUAUUGUGUAAGUAUGACUUUUUAAUCUUUAUUUUUUAAUCUAUAUUUAUUUGUUCAUUUGUUUUCUGGGACACUUUUGUUGUGAUCAGAUGUGAUUUUGAUGCAGACGACACCUGAAGUGCAGUACGUGUAAUAAAAUCCAGAGAAAUUAUGAA